ACUCCGGAGAAAUCUCAGGUUAUGUUGUCCCUGGAGUCCGGGGUAGAGGGAGUAAGUCACUCCUAUGAUCAGGCGCACUUUGGGCAGUCCCUAGAGCGCCGCGGCAAAGGAAAGUCCCCGGCGCCAAGCUUCCUGGUUGUUUACGCGCGCGCAUGCGCGGCGUGGGCCGCCAAAUGGGUCGAGACUCUCGCUCGCGCUCACCGUCUGCGGGUCGCAGGGGUCGGAAGCAGCGGAGUCGGAGCCGGAGCCGGAGCCGCAGCCGGAGUCGGAGCCGCAGCCGCAGCCGGAGCCAUGGGCGGAGCAGCCGAAGGCGACGGGAACACGAGCGGCGACGCGAACGCAAGCGGCGCAGCCGAGGGCGCAGGUCAGAUUCGGAAGGAGAGCGGCGGCAGAAGUCUAGGAGGCGAAGCCAGAGCCUUCGACCACCCCGAUGGCACUCACAGAACCAGUCCUCAUGCUCUGACUCGGGUGAGGAGCGGGCUCAGGGCUCCCGGGCCCGUAAGGGUCACAGGCGCUCGUGGUCCCCGGGGUCAUCCGCGUCUAGCUCGGACUCCCCAAGACGUUCCCGGAGUCCUGGUGCAGCUGCCCUGGCCCUGAGCCAGCAGCAGAGCCUGCAGGAACGGCUGCGGCUUCGUGAGGAGCGGAAGCAGCAAGAAGAGCUGCUCAAGGCCUUCGAGACGCCUGAGGAGAAGCGUGCACGGCGACUGGCCAAGAAGGAAGCUAAGGAGCGCAAGAAGCGGGAGAAGAUGGGCUGGGGUGAGGAGUACAUGGGCUACACCAACACCGACAACCCCUUUGGAGACAACAACCUGCUGGGCACCUUCAUCUGGAACAAGGCCUUGGAGAAGAAGGGCAUCAGCCACCUGGAGGAGAAGGAGCUGAAGGAGCGCAACAAGAGGAUCCAGGAGGACAACCGGCUGGAGCUGCAAAAGGUCAAACAGCUGCGGCUAGAGCGGGAACGGGAGAAAGCCAUGCGGGAGCAGGAGCUGGAGUUGCUGCAGCGGGAGAAGGAGGCAGAACACUUUAAGACGUGGGAGGAGCAGGAGGACAGCUUCCACUUGCGGCAGGCCAAGCUUCGCUCCAAGAUCCGAAUCCGAGAUGGGCGAGCUAAGCCCAUCGACCUCCUGGCCAAGUACAUCAGCGCAGAGGAUGACGACCUGGCGGUGGAGAUGCACGAGCCCUACACCUUCCUCAACGGCCUCACGGUGGCGGACAUGGAGGACCUGCUGGAGGACAUCCAGGUGUACAUGGAACUAGAGCAGGGCAAGAACGUGGACUUCUGGCGGGACAUGACGACCAUCACAGAGGAUGAGAUUGCCAAGCUCCGCAAGCUGGAGGCCUCUGGCAAGGGCCCAGGUGAGCGCCGUGAGGGAGUCAAUGCCUCAGUCAGCUCCGAUGUACAGUCUGUGUUCAAGGGAAAGACGUACAACCAGCUGCAGGUCAUCUUCCAGGGCAUCGAGGGCAAGAUCCGGGCUGGCGGCCCCAACCUGGACAUGGGCUACUGGGAGAGCCUGCUGCAGCAGUUGCGCGCACACAUGGCCAGGGCCAGGCUCCGUGAGCGCCACCAAGAUGUUCUUCGGCAGAAGCUGUUCAAGCUGAAACAGGAGCAGGGUGUGGAGAGCGAGCCGCUGUUCCCCAUCCUCAAGUCGGAGCCCACGGCCUCCCACAGCCCUGAACCUGAGGAGCGGCCCCCCAGCCCUGGGACUUCAGUGGACCCAGUGGAGCCUGUGGAUCCUGAGGAGGCCACAGCACCAGGAGAAACAGAGGGGGAGGCAGAAGGGGAGGCAGUGCUGAUGGAGGAAGACCUGAUCCAGCAGAGCCUGGCAGACUACGAUGCCGGCCGCUACAGCCCACGGCUGCUCACAGCACACGAACUGCCUCUGGACGCGCAUGUGCUGGAGCCACACGAGGAUCUGCAGCGCCUGCAGCUGUCUCGCCAGCAGCUUCAGGCUACAGGUGAUGCGAGUGAGAGCGCUGAGGACAUCUUCUUCCGGCGUGCGAGGGAGGGCAUGGGGCAGGAUGAGGCACAGUUCAGCGUGGAGAUGCCACUGGGCGGCCGGGCCUACCUGUGGGCCGACAAGUACCGGCCGCGAAAACCUCGCUUCUUCAACCGCGUGCACACGGGCUUCGAGUGGAACAAAUACAACCAGACACAUUAUGACUUCGACAACCCUCCACCCAAGAUUGUGCAGGGCUACAAAUUCAACAUCUUCUACCCGGACCUCAUCCGUAAGCGCGCCACACCUGAGUACUUCCUGGAGGCUUGCGCAGACAACCGGGACUUUGCCAUUCUGCGCUUCCAUGCAGGACCGCCCUACGAGGACAUCGCCUUCAAGAUCGUCAGUCGUGAGUGGGAGUAUUCGCACCGCCAUGGCUUCCGCUGCCAGUUCGCCAAUGGAAUCUUCCAGCUCUGGUUCCACUUCAAGCGCUACCGCUACCGCCGGUGACACCUGUGGGCUGCCCGCCCCUGUCAGGCUGGCCCCUGGACAGCUCCCAGGUGGGAAGGCCAAGAGGACCAGGAGGCCUCCUUCAGAAGCCUUAGGAAUCUGUGGACCACCUCUGGGCUUCAGUCACCAGCACUGUGCUGGCCGCAGCCCCUCUGGCAGAUCCCUGCCUGUCCUGAAAGGAUUUUUAACUCUUCUUGGGAAGACUGCUUACUUACAGAAAGGUCUUGUUUCCAUGGACUUGUUCAACCGGGGAACCCCGUGUGGUUCUGAUACAUUUAAUAGAAAGCUUAUUCUAAA